AAAUUAUUCAGGUUAAUACUAAUCGAUGGACGAAGAGAAAAAAUAAUAUAGCAAAAUCAAUAAAGAGAUUAGACAAGAAAUUAUUGAUAAAAUCUGCUUAUAAAAAAAACCAUUAUUAGAGGUAAUUCGAUAAUUUUAAAUAUUUAAAAAGGUUGCUUAAGAAUACUCUUUAUUGGCAUCUACGUGUAAGUCUAUCGUUAACACUUACAUGAAAGAAGGCAGAGUUGGUAAAAAAGAAUCAAGAAUUCGUAAAUUAAAAAAAGUAGUAACAACAUACCACAUUAUUUUAAAUCCUCUAUAACCACUACUCUCUUAAGUUUAAAUAUAAAAAAAUGUUGAAAAUUGUGUUGAGCAAUCAUAAAAAAGUCGAAAUGAAACAGAAGAGGUUUAAGAAGAGAAUAAUAAAGAAUUAUAAUCUUUAGAUUAAUCAAUAUAAUAAUGGACUUAAUCUUUAUUAACCUAAAUCUAAUCAUUAAACCAAUAGUAUAAGGAUCCAUAAUAUAUUCGUUAAAAUUGA